AUGCUGUUGCUGCUCGCGCUGUGUUUGGCGCUACCGCUCGGCGCGGGGUCGCUGGAAGAGGCGCGGAACUGGGGCGGCGCUGAGGAGCAAGCUGGACUCAGGGUCCCGCGGCAAGCCCGGCUGCUGCAGAGACUGAAGGCCAAGCCCUUGAUGACCGACUUCUCCGUCAAGUCGACCAUCAUUUCCCGCUAUGCCUUCACCACGGUCAUCUGCAAAGUCCUCAAUAGGGCAUCCGAGGACCAGGAGAUGAACUUCCAGAUGCAGAUCCCUGCCACUGCCUUCAUCACCAACUUCACCAUGCUCCUUGGAAACAAGGUGUAUCAGGGAGAAAUUAAAGAGAAAGGGAAGAAAAGUGAUGCAGAGGUCAAAGAGAAAAGGAACAAAACCACAGAAGAUAAUGGGGAGAAGGGAACCGAGUCAUUCCGAGUGUCCGUGGUGGUGCCCAGCAAGGACCAGGUGUCACUGCAGCUCAGCUACGAGGAGCUCCUGCAGCGGCGGCUGGGGAAGUACCAGCACGUGGUCAGCGUGCGGCCUCAGCAGCUAGUGGGGCGGCUUACGGUGGAGGUGAACGUUCUGGAACAGUCGGGCCUUGUGGCGCUGGAGGUGCUGGGGCUCCAAAACAGCCGGCAGAAGGGCAGCGGGCGAACGGACAUGGAUUCCGGGCCACCUCCUUCGACAGUCAUCAGCCAGAAUGAAACGUUUGCCAAAGUUGUGUUUAAGCCGAGUGUGGUUCAACAGGCCAAGAUUGCCCAGAAUGGAAUCCUGGGAGAUUUCAUUGUUCGCUACGAUGUCAACCGGGAAGAAAACAUUGGGGACAUCCAGGUCCUCGACGGCUACUUCGUCCACUACUUUGCUCCCAAGGACCUGCCGCCCUUGCCCAAGAACAUCGUGUUUGUGCUGGACAGCAGCGCGUCCAUGGUGGGGACCAAGCUCCGGCAAACCAAGGACGCCCUCUUCACCAUCCUGCACGACCUCCGACCGCAGGACCGGUUCAACAUCAUCGGCUUCUCAAACCGCGUCAAAGUGUGGAAGGAUCACCUGGUCCCCGUCACUCCCGACAGUGUCCGAGACGGCAAAGUCUACAUCCACCACAUGACCCCCAGCGGUGGCACGGACAUCCAUGGCGCCCUGCAGCGGGCCAUCGAGCUCCUCACCACCUAUGUGGCCCACAACGCCAUCGAGGACCGCAGCGUGUCCCUUGUCGUCUUCCUGACGGACGGGAAGCCCACGGUGGGUGAGACCCACACGCCCAGGAUCCUGAAUCAUACGCGGGAGGCAGCGCGUGGCCGUGUCUGCAUCUUCACCAUUGGCAUCGGCAGCGACGUGGACUUCGCACUGCUGGAGCAGCUGUCCCUGCAGAACUGUGGCCUCACGCGGCGCGUGCUGGAGGAGGAGGAUGCAGGCGCACAGCUCAUCGGGUUCUAUGACGAGAUCCGAACCCCCCUGCUCUCCGACAUCCGCAUUGACUACCCACCCGGCGCCGUGGAGCAGGCCACCAGAACCUUGUUCCCCAACUACUUCAAUGGCUCCGAGAUCGUGGUGGCUGGCAGGCUGGCCAGCGGGCGGGAGGGGCCGCUGCACGUGGAGGUCACGGCCAGCAACAGCCACAAGUUUGUUGUCCUAAAGACGGACGUGGCUGUGGAGCCCGGGCCAGGGCGUGAGGGCCGCCUGGGGGCCCCCAACCCACUACAGCGCCUCUGGGGCUACCUGUCGGUGCAGGAGCUGCUGCGCGCGUGGCUGCACAGCCGGGAUGCACAGGAGCGGGAGCGGCUGAGGCUCGCGGCCCAGGCGCUGGCUGUGGACCUCCACUUCCUCUCGCCCGUCACCACCUUGAGGCUGAAGCCUCUCAGCGCCCGGGCUGAGCCGGGGGCCGGCACAGCUGCCGUAGAGGGUCCCGAGACCGUGGUACAGGCCCUGCAUGGCUCCAGCCCCCCUCGAGAACCUGCACCCCAGAAGGCAUCUGACCCCAGAAUUAAGAUCUCUAAAACCUCAGCGGACGGAGACCCCCACUUUGUGGUGGACUUCCCCCGCAACAAGCUCGCUGUGUGCUUCAACAUCGAUGGGCGGCCCGGGGACAUCCUGAGGCUGGUGUCCGACCACACGCACUCCGGUGUGACUGUGAACGGGGAGCUGAUCGGGGCGCCCGCGCCUCCCGGCGGCCACAAGAAGCAGCGCACGUACUUCCGCACGCUCACCAUCCUGGCCAACAAGCCCCGGAGGUCGUACCUGGAGAUCUCGCCCCAUCGCGUCAUCGUGGACGGCGAGGACAGGCUGGUCCUCCCCUGCAACCAGAGCACCGUGGUGAGCCGCUGGGGGCUGCAGGUGGCCGUGGCGGCCAGGGCCAAUGUCACAGUCACCAUCCAGGGCACUGUGGCCUUCGUCAUCCUCAUCCACCUCUACAAGAACCCAGCGCCCUUCCAGCGAGACCACCUGGGCUUCUACAUUGCCAACAGCACUGGCCUCUCAGGGCACUGCCACGGGCUCCUAGGCCAGUUCCUGGGCCAGGACGCCAAUCUCACACCACAGCCUACAGAGCCCCCCCAGCACCCUGGGGACCCUCCACUCCCAGCAGCCAAGCUCACAGUCCGAGGACACAGCGCCCCAGUGUUCUGGAAGCAGAGGAAGAUCUACAAUGGGGAGGAGCAGGUUGACUGCUGGUUUGCCCGCAGUGCGGCCCAACUGCUGGAUGGGGCGUACCAGGACUAUCUGGCCGCGCACCCCUUUGACGUGGACACAGCCUUUGUCCCGGGCCCAUCCCGGGCACACGGACAUUAGCGCCUCCUCACCG